AAAUGGUUUCUGUAGCCCGCUUAGGUCGGGCAGCCCCUAGACCCUGCUGCAGGCGCUCUGGCGGCGGCAUCGCCGCGCUCCGAAGGGCCAGAGCGAGCCCGCGGCACCGUGGCUGCCCGGCAAGUCGCCACCUGAGGCGGCUGCUGCUGCCGCCAGCCCCGUCCCGGGAGGGGAUCGCUCGGCCCCGCGCACCCGGGCGGGUGUUACGCAACGAAAACUCACGGAGAGACGUGUAGGACCAGUUCGGAUGGGUGUCCUUGUGCAGGGGGAGCCACCAGCCUCCGCCGCGUGUGGGUGCUUGUGUGAGAUGAUCUCAUUUAGAGGAUUCAUUCAGGGUUCAUCGCGGACGCCGCGGGAGAUUGCGUUGUCAUUUUUUGGUUUAACUCACGUUAGUUUCUGUCUGACAGAUUAACCACACCAUGUUUGCGGUUUGGGUGCUGCUGUGUCAACUACAUGUGACGAUCUUUGCGUUUCCUCACUGCACAGGGAGGAGAUUAAAUAACUUGGAGCAACCUGAAUGGAAAGAUGUGUUCACAUCAGAAAAGGAGGCCAAUUUAUUCAUUGGACGACAUCUUCUGAAUAACAGAUUUGAUUUUGAAGCAUUCACAGCGGAUAACCUGGAAAGAGAAUGCUUUGAAGAACUGUGCAAUUAUGAAGAAGCAAGAGAAAUUUUUGAAGACCCUGAUAAAACGAUGGAUUUUUGGAAAGACUAUUUAAUUAAAGGCCCCAAAAUAAAAAUAGGUGAUGAGACACUACAAAAGAUUAACGUUACAGGACUUCUCAUCAGUUUGGUUGCUGCUGGAGUACUGUUAGUUGUAAUUGCACUGCUCAUCUUCUACUGCUGCAAAAGUAGAUGCAAAUCGAGGCAAUCACCAGGGUACUUGGAUUAUGGAAGAACUAGAAGACGUAAUUCAUCUAGCAUCUUCAGAAGGCAUGAAGAAUUUUCUCUAAACUCACUUCCUCUCAGAACUGAUGAUUCAGGACUACCAACUUAUGAGCAAGCACUUACUUCAGAUGGACAACACGAUGUGCCCCCACCCCCUUAUCCAGGGCCCCCAAAAGGAGCACGGGUGUUAAAAAAGUCUAUGUCACUUCCUGCCCCCUAGUCACAAAUCUCCUUCUGGGGUGAGGGGGGAUUACUGAAAUAUAACAUACUUUUUUUUAAAGUGUGUGCUACCUUGCAUAUUGCAAGACAGUCUACAAAAAUGUGAAAGACCUUUAGCGUAACCAGGAAGAAGUGAAGGUCCCAUUUGGGAAAAGUGAUGUGCUGCAAAGGCUGCAGGACUGCUCUUUGCACAAGGUUAUUGCGCUAAGAGAAGGGAAUGCAUAAAGAGUUAAGUUUUGUACUGCCACCCUCUUCCAUGUGCACUUUGAGCCAUUCCCUCACACUGUUGAUGUUUCAUUAAUAGUUUCACUUUUUUUUCUUUAGAAGGAACAGUAUUUUAAUUGGUUUUAUUGACACUAACCUUUUUUGGUGAUUAUUAAUACUUUAAACCAUCAUAAAAAGUCUGCUUUGUUGUUUGAUAUAUUCACUUCAUUGCUGUGUGAAUUUUCAUUCUAGAAGUAGAUUUAAGUAUGAAAAUUAUUUCAUUAUUUGAUCUUGGAAAUGUAUAUAUAUUACUGCUUCUGGAUUACACUGAUUUGAGACAUAGCUGGUUAACAUGCUACUCAAAUUGUUGUAUUUUUGUGAUUAUAGUUUUGGAUAAAAAUGAACCAUUUAUUGAAUGGCACAUUACUUAUUUAGACAAAGUGUACUUCUAUCGAAUGGUUUUGAUGUUAAGCACUAAAUGCCAGGUCAAAGUGACUGACUACAGUGGGUCAGGGGCUGUUAAGCAAAUAACUAGAGAUUUGUCCCUUGUUAAAAAAGUAGCCAGGUUUCACAGUGUUUCUCUUGCAGUUUAAAAAUGUGAAUGUUGAAAAAGACAUUUAGUUUGUCAAAUCAUUUAGCUUACUGAAGUGCACACCAGCACUCUGUGUAUGUAGUGCCCUACUGGGAUGACAAAAUGGUUUUUAAGUAGAAUUAAACAUUGUAUUAGAUAAAGAACCAGUAUCCACAGAGCAAUAAUCAAGAAUUUUAAGGAGUUACCAGUUAACUGUAUCAAUACAAUUUCUCUAUCUCCAGUUGUAGCCACUCUUAAUUUUACAUCUUAUUAAAAUAUCAGUCCCCAGCAUCAUAUGGCCUACAGACCUUGCUGAG